AUGACGACUCCGUUUCCUCUCUUAUGCCUCCCUAGACUCGCACUGAUUCCUGUUUUUCAACAUAUGGAGCUUAUGGAAGUAAUCGCGUUUUCCUUUCUCUCCAAAAGAACUCACUAUCUCUCAAAAUACCUUCGCAAGAAAACAUCUUUCCGCUACAUUGAUCUGGGAAUAGAGAAUAACGGUGUUUGUAUGUGGAUUGCUCUGACAAAUGUGUCACACCUAGCACUGUAUUUCUACACAGACGACUCGACGAUGAUAAAAGUGAUGUUUCCGUACAAAAAAAUUCAAUGGAAUAACAUCGGAUUAUCUACAGAACAAUGGGUUGAGCGAGUGCUUGAUGUGACAAAAUGUCCAUCUCUCAGAAAACUGAAGCUCGACGCGGUACCGAAAUUCGACGUGUUCUCAGUUUUUGAUGUAAUUCCAGAGGUCACUGAACUUGAAAUAUGUCCCAACUUCUGCAACGCUUUAGCUAAAAGAGCACUGCAAGUUCUAUCGCCGGUCACUUCAUCGAUCAAUAUGCAUAAAGCUCCAUUUUCGAAUCAAGAAGAAUUCCAGUCAUUUUGGAUGAGCAAUGUUGACUGUUUGAGUAUCUACAACGAUAAUUUAUCGAGAUUUCAAUUCAACAUUAGUUAUCUUCUAAUAUCGAACGCUGUGAAACUCGAAUUGAGAGAAGUCUCAUUGAAACUGAAAGACCUCAACCGCUUCUUCUCAUACUGGUUGAACAAAACAUCUAAUCAUCGUCUGGAGCAUUUGUCAGUGAAAUCACUUACACGUUUCAAUGAAGACAUUCUUCUGAAAGGAUUAAAUGCUACUCGUUUCACAGAAAAUCGGACUAGAGAAUUCUUUUCGACCAAAACGUUCAAUCAACUUAGACAUUUCACUGGAGGGUCUGAUGUGAGAAGAAAAGAUGGAAAGUUGGCAGCAAUUACAUUUGGAGAUACGUUUUGGAGAACAAAUAUUAAUUUCGAUGUUUGGUCAUGA